CCAAAUGCUUCACUGAAGGGAGUGUGCUCUAUGCUCUGUUUCCACUCAUUCUUUUACCUGGGAGCAACAAUGCCAAUGUUCGCUGCGACGCUUGGCUCCUUCCCGUCGAUCUCCUUCUUCUCACAACUUUCAUCUUCUUCCACCGAUGCCUUCGUUUCUCCUUCAAUCUCCUUUCCUUUCUCGAAUCAAUUCAAUCUCUCCAAGUAUGCCCACAAAUUAUCCGUCGUGAGAGGGCGGUGGUGUUACACAGCUAAAGUCUCCGUCUCUGGUAAUACACAGAUUGAUGAAAAUCCUGAGAGUCAACUCCAUGAUGACGACCCCUCUUCCUCACCGGACGCCGCUCGCCUAGCUCGGACAUCUGCUGAUUGGAAGGCUGCAAAGACAUAUAAAGAGAGUGGGUUCAUCUAUGAUGGCAGAAUUGAAGGUUUUAAUGGUGGAGGACUGCUAGUUCACUUUUAUUCUCUUGUGGGGUUUCUCCCAUUCCCACAGUUAAGCCCAUUGCAUUCAUGUAAAGAGCCGCACAAAUCUAUCCAGGACAUUGCAAAAGGUUUAGUUGGUUCCCUCAUGUCGGUGAAGGUAAUUCAAGCAGAUGAGGAUAAAAGGAAAUUGAUCUUCUCUGAAAAGGAGGCUGCCUGGUCUAGAUAUUCUGAACGGGUCAGGGUUGGGGAUAUCUUUGAAGCAAUGGUUGGUUCUGUUGAGGACUAUGGUGCUUUUGUUCAUUUGCGUUUCCCUGACGGUCUUUAUCACCUCACUGGUCUAGUGCACAUCUCAGAAGUGUCGUGGGAUCUAGUUCAUGAUGUGAGAGACAUCUUGACAGAAGGUGAUAAAGUGAGGGUCAAAGUCACUAGUGUUGAUCGAGAAAAAUCAAGGAUUAGACUAUCAGUAAAACAGUUAGAAGAAGAUCCACUUCUAGAAACUCUUGAUAAAGUAAUACCUCAGAGUGGCUCAGAUGAUCUUGACUCUUCAAGUGAUGGCACUGGCAAUGCUAUUGAGCCUCUUCCUGGCCUUGAAACAAUACUUGAAGAGCUACUCCAGGAAGAUGGGAUAGAUGAUGCCAGAAUCAGCCGUCAAGGUUUUGAAAGACGGGUGGUUUCACAAGACUUGCAACUAUGGCUUUCUAAUGCACCUCCCACUGCAAAGGUUACUCUUCUUGCUCGGGCCGGAAGACAGGUGCAGGAAAUACAUCUGACAACGUCUCUUGAUCAGGAAGGUAUCAAAAGGGCAUUACAAAGAGUAUUGGAACGUGUUCCCUGAUCCUAAUGGUGCUUACUGUUUUUGCACAGUUAUCCUACGUUUAAGAGUUCAAAUUAUUGCACUAAAAAAGAUUUUAAAUGUGGCCCUCUCUAUGUGUAUCCCACGUCCAUAUUAUGCCAUAUCCAGAAACACACAAGGAAGUAGUGAAUCUCUCUGUUCUCCUUUAUAGGACUUUUAAGGAUAGAAUCUUCUCUGUUCUUUGUCCUGUGUUCUGGUGGUACAAAUGUUGUCACAUGACUCAUGAGAUCUGAAAA